AUGGCUAACCCUGGAAACGUCGCUGGUGGAUACAAGGCCACCCUCAACAACCCCAACGUCUCUGACGAAGCUAAGCAGCACGCUCAGGAGAUGCUCGACUCCGGUGAUUUCGAGUCCGCUCCCUCCUCCUCCAAGCACGACGACUCCAUGAAGAACACAGGUAACGUCAUCGGUGGAUACAAGGCUACUCUCAACAACCCCAACGUCUCCGACGAGGCCAAGGAGCACGCUCAGGAGAAGUUGGAUGAGCUCGGUGCUUAA